GCUGGGCAUAUCGACGCUGUGACCCUAAAUGGUGAGAACAUUUACAUGGCAGGGAAGAUGCACGGCCUGGUUCCAGCAGCCGGGGAGCGCUACACCUCAGAGGACAGGAGCAACUCCUACUUCGUGGUGGCUGUGGUGAAGCGGGACAGCGCCUACGCCUUCACCAUGGAUGAACUGCACGGCAAGCGCUCCUGCCACUCGAGCUUCGGCAGCCCUGCGGGCUGGGACAUCCCCGUAGGUGCCCUCAUCCAGAGGGGCUUCAUCCGGCCCAAGGACUGUGACGUCCUCACAGCGGUGAGCCAGUUCUUCAACGCCAGCUGCGUGCCCGUGAACAACCCCAAGAACUACCCGGCCUCGCUGUGCGCGCUGUGCGUGGGGGACGAGCAGGGCCGCAACAAGUGCAUGGGCAACAGCCAGGAGAGGUACUACGGCUACAGCGGCGCCUUCAGGUGCCUGGUGGAGAACGCGGGGGACGUGGCCUUUGUCAAGCACACGACUGUCUUCGACAACACAAAUGGCCACAAUUCUGAGCCCUGGGCUGCUGAGCUCAGGUCAGAGGACUAUGAACUGCUGUGCCCCAAUGGGGCACGGGCCGAGGUGUCCCAGUUCUCAGCCUGCAACCUGGCACAGAUACCAUCCCAUGCCGUCAUGGUCCGGCCGGACACCAACAUCUUCACUGUGUAUGGACUGCUGGACAAGGCCCAGGACCUGUUUGGAGAUGACCACAAUACAAAUGGCUUCAAAAUGUUUGAUUCCUCCGAUUAUCAUGGCCAAGACCUGCUUUUCAAGGAUGCCACAAUCCAGGUGGUGCCUGUGGGGGAGAAAACCACGUACCGUGACUGGCUGGGACUGGACUACGUGGCGUCUCUGGAAGGGACACUGUCCCAGCAGUGCUCGGGCACAGCUCGCCACGGGACCUCGGGGGACAGGCCGGGGCGGGGACGGGGGACGCAUACGGUGACCACGCCCGCCCGCGCGCGCUCCCAAGCCUCUCCGACCCGCAGCGCCUCCGCCCUGCCUGCGGCACAGCGAGGUUUGCCUAAUUCCCUGGAUGCAGCGGAGAGGCGGCCGCGGAGACCCAUACCCAGGGGGCUGCGGGAGAUGCAGGAUUGGGACCCGCGCGUGACUGGCACCCGGGCAGAUCCUUCAUUUGCAUGA